AUGAAAGCCACCAGAUCCAAAUUGGCUCCAAGCAAAAGCACUGUUUAUGUAUCUAACGUGCCUUUUUCACUCACUAAUAGCGAUUUACAUAAACUACUGGAACCUCACGGCCAAAUUACUAAGUAUGUUGCUGUGAUGUUGCUUUCACAUUUACCACGUUUGUUAUUUGGUAUUGUGAAGUAUAACACUUCAAUAAUAGCACUUAAUGACGCUUAUUUCAGAGUCACAAUAUUGAAAGACAAGCUGACCCGAAAGAGCAAAGGCGUCGCUUUCGUUCUCUUUCUGAGUGUGGAGGAUGCCCAACGAUGCGUUCGUCAUCUUAAUGGCUGUGAAGUGAGGCUCCUCACCGUGAAUAUUGUUUUUGGGAUCUUUUCAUCUCGUCAUAAUCUCAUUUCUUCUUCUUCGCAGAAAAUCGGCCAUCUGAGCUACACUUGUCCGAAUAACGUCUUCGGUGCACGGGUUCGUCCCAGAAGCAAAAGGUCUGAACGCAAAACUCAACAACUAUCGUUUGGAGCUCUAGCUAGCGGACCGGAAGUUCACGAGCAUGGGAUGGAUGAAGUGGACACUGGGGAGAAUGCGGACACUUGGAGCGCUGUCGUUAACUUCAGUCGUUCCUUAACUGACUCCGCCACCAGUUGCUCUCCUCCUCAUUGGAGGCGAAAGAUACGCAGAGACUCCUACUUCUCCGAUGAAGAGAAUUUCGAGAAUGUCUGA